AACAGGCGCACCCGCCCGCGGUGAACACGACCGCUGAUUGGCUGACACCCUUCCACGCUCGGAGAGCUCCGUAGAGCCGUUUGCUCCACAGCCUUCAUAAGGACGGCUAAGCUAACGCUAGCGGAUGUUGAUGUGGUUGCUUAGCAGGCAGGCUAGUCAGCUAAGCUAGCUGUCACCGUAGUGGUCAAACUCCACAGCAGCCCGGGGCUAUUUCACCGACUCCAACUGAGUAGUUUAUGCGUUUCUGUACCUCCACAGCAGGUACCAGUAGCUUCUUAUCGAGCUUCCUGCGAGCCCGGUGGGUUAGCAACAGUCGCUAAGCUACCCCUCCGCCGGUGUGUCUCCAAGGUGACGGCGGAUGGUGCCGCGGCGCUGCGUCCGAGCCAUCGCGACCAGGUCCCCGCAGUCUGAGCCCACUGCCGGCCCCGGCCUGCCGUCCUGAGCACCGCGGCGUGGAUGACCGAGCUGCCGGGGCUCCCUGCCGCCUGUGGCCGCCGGGCGGGCCGAUGCUAACGUAGCGGCGUGGGGAUGCCUCGUCCUGGAGACACUGCUGUAGUCGAUGGUCCUCAUACCCACCAGUCACAGACUAGGCGCACAGACCAGCAGCCCCACUAGCAGUGACACAUAUAUGGAUGGUGGGGUCGCAGCAUGCCCACCCCCUCGACCACCACAUCGCCUCAGGCUGGGAGGAGGAGUAGCAGUGCCGGCGGAGAAGAGGGCUCCAUGUCGGCCACCUCCGCCUCGGCCAUCGGCUCCUCUUUCCGGUUCGUCCCGGCUUUCUGCCUGGGCGUGGUGGCGGCAGUAGUGUUCCAGCUGGCGUGGGGAGGCCUGACCCUGACCUCCUUCUUCCUGAAGCUGUUCAUCUAUGUGUCGUUCGCCCUGCUGUGCUUCCUGGCGGGGAGCUUCGUUCUGCUGGUCAGGAAGAGUCCCCUCAAAGUCAGCUGCUUUGGCACAAACAGGAGGCGGUCUGCUGUGCGGCAGGAGCUCUUCAACAAGCUGAUGGCCCGUUUUUUGGUGCCAGUUCAGGAGUCAAGCCAGAGCAGGAGGGUGGUGGUGUCCCACAACGUGGACAAAGCUCUGAAGGAAGUGUUUGACUAUGCCUACAGGGACUACAUCCUGUCCUGGUACAUCCCUUUGAGUCAUGACGAGGGCCAGUUGUACUCCAUGCUGUCGGAGGACUGGUGGCAGAUGAUUGGGCAGCUGCGAUCCAGGCUCGCCGACAUUGACCUGGUCAACGUGGUGUGUUAUGACACCAUCCGAAUCCUACACACACACUUCACCGACCUCAAGGCUGCAUCUGCAAGGCCAGAGGAGUGUACUCGACCGUUUCCUCUCCAUCCCUGUUUGGUCAGUCCGGACUCCGAGCUGUCCUUCCUCCGCUGUGUAGCCAGAAUACUGCUGCUAUGUCUGCUGCCACAAAAGGAUGCCAAGUCACAUACACUACGCUGCUGCCUCACAGAAGUCAUCACUACUAAAGUGUUGAAGCCUUUGGUAGAUGUGCUGAGCGAUCCAGACUCCAUAAACAGGAUGCUUCUGUCUCAGCUGGAGCAGAGGGAGCAGCAGGCUGAGCAGCAGAAGAAAGCUUACACCUACGCUGCCUCCUAUGAAGACUUCAUCAAACUGAUAUCAACUUCUGCCGAUGUCAAUUUCCUCAAACAACUCAGGUAUCAGAUAGUGGUUGAGAUUAUUCACGCCACCACCAUCAGCAGCCUCCCUCAGCUAAAGAAGCAGAAAGACCGAAAAGGUAAAGAGUCAGCAGCAAUGAAGGCAGACCUGCUGAGGGCCAGAGAUAUGAAACGAUACAUCAAUCAGCUGACUGUUGCUAAGAAACAAUGUGAGAAGAGGAUCCGCCUCCUCGGUGGACCAAACUAUGAGAACAACGAGGAAGGAGGGGCUGACGACAGUGAUGAGCCUCAAAGUCAGAAGAUUCUCCAGUUCGACGACAUCUUGUGUAAUCCAGGUUACAGGGAGCAUUUCAGAGUUUACAUGGAGAGAGUUGACAAGAGAGCUCUGAUUAGCUUCUGGGAACUGGUGGAAACACUGAAAACUGCCAACAAGAACGAAGUGCCCCAAAUCGUCGGGGAAAUCUACCAGAAGUUCUUUGUGGAGAGCCGGGAGAUUCCUGUGGAGAAGUUUCUCCUUAAGGAGAUUCACCAGAGUCUGGUGGGGAACAGAGGAACACAAGUCUUUGUCAGGCUUCAAGAACAGGUGGCUGAGACGAUGAGAGAGCGUUACUACCCCUCCUUCCUGGUUUCCGACCACUACGAUGGGCUCAUCAGACAAGACGAGCAGCAUAGCCAAUCCCAGUGCAGCACGGAGGAAAAGGAGGACGAAGGGUGCCAGGGUCUUGAUACAGGUGAGGAGGUGGGUGAUGAAGGCAGUAAAAGAAUCAAUGAGCAGGCCAGCUACGCUGCUACCAAACUGCGCCUACUCUUCGACAAACUGGAGUACAAGCGGCAGGCCCUGGGCUCUAUCCAGAACGCACCCAAGCCAGACAAAAAGAUUGUGAGCAAACUAAAAGAGGAGAUCGGAGCCAUGGAGAGAGAACACGGUGAACUCCAGCAGCAUAUCACCAGGACUGACUGGUGGUGUGAAAACCUGGGCCACUGGAGGGCCACGAUCACUACUGCUGAGGCUACAGAGGAGGGUGGUGAGACGGUAGCUUGUUACAGUGUGUGUGUAAGCCUGGUAGAAGGAGAGGAGUCGGCCAACAGUCGCUGGAGCGUCCAAAGGAAACUCACUGAAUUCCAGAUGUUGCACCGCAAACUCACUGAGUGUUUUCCAUCAUUGAAGAAACUCCAGUUACCAUCACUCAGUAAACUUCCCUUCAAAUCCAUCGACCAGAAGUUCUUAGACAAGAGCAAAACUCAGCUCAAUGCCUUUCUCCAGCGUCUGUUGACAGAUGAGCGAUUGUGCCAGUCAGAGGCCCUCUAUGCGUUCCUCAGCCCGUCUCCAGAGCACCUCAAGGUGAUGUCAAUCCAGAAGAAAUCGUCUUUCUCUCUGGCCUCCUUCCUGGAGAGGCUACCUGGAGACUUCUUCUCCCACACCGAGGAGGAGGCUGACGACGACAGCGACUUGUCCGACUACGGCGACGAGGCAGACGGGAGGAGAGACGCCCUGGCUGAACCCUGCUUCAUGCUCAUAGGAGAGAUCUUUGAACUCAGAGGAAUGUUUAAGUGGGUGAGGAAGACCCUAAUUGCACUAGUCCAGGUGACAUUUGGACGAACCAUCAACAAACAGAUCCGGGACACGGUGAACUGGAUCUUCUGUGAACAGAUGUCGGUGUGUUACAUCAAUGUGUUCAAGGACACCUUCUGGCCCAACGGGAGGUUGGCACCUCACGUCAAGGUCCGAACUGACACCGAACGCAGCGAAACUAAAGAACGGGCUCAACAGAAACUACUAGACAACAUCCCAGAGGCACUAGCAAAUCUAGUCGGCCAGCAGAAUGCCCGCUAUGGAAUCAUCAAAAUCUUCAAUGCCCUGCAGGAGGCUAGUGCCAACAAACAUCUUCUCUAUGUGUUGAUGGAAAUGUUACUGAAGGAAGUGUGCCCUGAACUCAGCGCGGAGGUGGACAACAUCUGAACACACAUAAACACACACACACACACACACGUAACACAAACAGAGUCUUUGGAUCUAAGGCCUUUCUGUAGCUGACCAAUCAUAAACUGCCAAGCCAGACAGGGAGAUGGCCCUAUUGGUUGGACCUCAGACAGAAAGCAGCGGUGUUGGUCAGAGCUGAGACACAUGCUGAUUUGUGUAAGUAGAACGUUGCUGUGAAAUGAUGAAAAGGCUGGGCUGACACCAGUCACUGAGAGGAGCUGAUGUUUUGACUUUGUUGUGGCACAGAUCUGAAGUUCUCUGUCUGAACGGGGAGAAACCACAUGGAGUCUGACUUCUUCCUGUUGGCACCUGAAAGUCCACAUUCACACCAGAACAAAUUGUAUUUUUGACAUUAAAGUGAGCCGUGUCUGCAUUUUUUUUCCUUUUCUUUUCUUAUUUUAAUAGCACUGAAACAUCAGAUCUGUACCACAACAAAUCUGUCGUUCCUGUGUAAAUCAAGGCGGUCACUAGACUACAAAGAAGAGUUUGUGAUAGUAAACGCCAUGAUGGUCUGGUCAUCAGCUGUUUGAUCUUGAUUAAAUGCAGCAAAGACGUUUUUUUGUUGCACUCUGAAGGCAACCAGUGCGUCAUUGCCCACGGGCCUCUGAACAUUCCUCCUACACACAACCUGAGCAACACUUGUGUUCUGUGAUUCUUGUUAAGGCUUAUAAUUGUGCAAUAUAAUGUCAUGUAAAAGUCAUUGUGAUGAUUUUAUUUAUGAUUGUUAUUGAUAGAUUUUAUUUUUACCAAAAAUUGUUUAGAGAGCGUUUAUAUAAGCAAUAAAUUGCAAACA